CUGGAGUAAGUACUAUAGUUACCGGAUGUGGCUAGAACAGACAAACUACCAAAUCCGGAAUUCCCUCUUGUGGCUUUUAAUUUCCGACGUUCAGCUGUUGCUGGGGUUGAGUCCAGCGGCCAGCAGCCAGCCCAUACCGGUACGGCACAAAGGUCAUUUCCUUCGUCCUGAGGACUUCUCUUUCUCUCCCUCUCCGUAUUCCCCAUCAAUCCAUCCCCUCUCUCUUCCAUUCACUUCACUUCUCUCCUCUCUCUCCUCUCUCUCCUCUCCCCUUCUCUUCGAUUGGCCCGAUGACAGGCAGCACUCGUAAUUUAAAAUACUUGAGAAAGUAAGUGCCGACACACAAA